UAUCAGGAGGCAUUUAGGAGGUGCUCCCAAUCGUUCAAGCAGACUUUUAAGCAAAAUUUGCAGGAAAACAAGGUUAAGGGAUAUGGAAACGAUGGCGUCUAGUGAUUCCAUAAUUUCCAUUGGAAAAGAAGCUGAAUGCGAGGACUUUGUCAUUAACAUUAUUCCCCCUGCGGAGUGGCCGGAAUGCUGUAUCUACAGGGUUCCCAAGAGACUGCGCAAGGUAAAGAAAGAAUCCUAUACCCCUCAGCUCGUUUCAAUAGGACCCUUUCAUCACCGUGGAAAUGAAUUGAAGGACACGAACAUGAAGAUGCACAAACUGAGAUAUUUGAUGGCUUUCUCUGAUCGGACCGGGAAGAGCCAGGAGGAUCUUCGAAAGAUUAUUAAAGAAAAUGAAGUAAAAAUUCGUCAUUGCUAUUCAGAAGACUGUAGGCUCAACAGUAAGGAUUUUGUGAAAAUGAUUCUAUUGGAUGCCAUCUUUAUAAUUGAGCUCUUCUUGAGGAUUGAUGAAAAUCAUGAAAAUGAUUACAUAGUAAAGAAACCCUGGUUGGAAAUUGGUAUACGACGUGACUUGUUAUUACUUGAGAAUCAACUUCCUUUUUUUAUUCUUGAGAAAUUAUAUAUGUUCGCCAAAAAUGACUCUUCCAGUUGCAACCAUUACGAAGAAGGCAAGCAAGUUGAGGAACACAAAAAGGACCUCAUGAAACAGGAUGCUCCAUUUGUCAAGCUUUCCCGCAAUUACUUUGGACGCCAAUAUGAUAUAAAGAAACAGUCUGCAGUCGGUGAGGAAGUAAACCAUUUCAUAGAUUUGCUAAGAUAUUUCUUUUGUUCAGUACCAGAUCAGUUGAAUCAUGGAGAAAAUCUGCGUGAUCUAAAUUGUGCCACAAAGCUUGAUGAGGCAGGAUUGAAAUUCAAACCAGUUAAGGAGAGAUGCUUACUUGACAUAACAUUCUCCGGGAAUGAUUGCUUGAAACACUGUCCAUGCUUCAAUUUGUCAUGGCUCUUGGCUUGCUUACCAUGCUUGAAAUGCUUUCCGCACUUGGAGCGUAUGCAAUGUAUCUUGGAAAUUCCACCCCUUAAGAUUUUCGACAAUACUGAAUGUCUUCUCCGAAACCUCAUGGCCCUGGAGCAGUGUCAUUAUCCACUCAAAGCUUACAUUUGCAAUUAUGUUUUGCUAUUGGACCAACUUAUCGACACUGAAAAAGAUGUGGAUUUGCUUGUUGAGAAAAAGGUCAUUGCUAACAAUAUCGGGAGCAACGCUGCUGUGAUGACUUUAAUUAACAGACUUUGCCUUGAUAUUGUGGUAGAUGGAUCUUGUUACUCUUCUCUGUGUCGAGAGAUUACAAGCUACCUUGAUAACCCUUGGAACAACACUAUGGGAACCAUGAAAAGUGUGUAUUUUCGUGAUUUUUGGAGAGGCAGCGGAACUGUUGUUGGACUAAUUGUUCUGGGUUUCACUUUCUGGGGUUUCCUUAGGCCUUAUUUCGUGAAGGUUUGAAGUAUGUGUGGUUUAGUCUUCAUUGGAGUGCUUCGCUUUUAGUUGCAAUGGAUGCAUGUCAUUUAAUUUGAAAUUUGUAAUCUUGUUUGGUUUGUGAUCCUCCCUGUCUUAAUAGCUUGUCAUCCUAAUUAAACUUUGUAAGUGGUUUAUGAUAUUGGAGUGCUUUGCUUUUAGUACUUGCAAUGGAUGCUUGUCAUUUGAAAUUUGUAAUCUUGUUUGGCUUGUGAUAUCCUCCCCGUCUUAAUUAA